AUGAAUCUUCGAGCCGCGGGCCUUCGCAAGGCCCGCCGCCAACCCUCUUUCACAUGGCUUUUACUCGUCAUUGCCGUCUUGAUGAUGGCGCAUAUAUCUUUCGCCCAGGAUACCACUGCGAAUGACCCUGCGCCGACAACGGAUGUAUCAACUAAGGAGACGACCAAAGCUACGACACACGACGACACUACCACGACAUCAAAGACCACGAAAGAGUCCACAACAGACAAACCAGCAACGACAACAACAACCGAGUCCUCGACAUCUACAGACUCCAGUACAACCUCCACCGCAACGAACGAUUACCCCGUUGUGACAGUGCCCCCACUCGCCGAUGCACCAUACAUGCAAACAUCAGAUACCCCCGAAGGGACCGUCUUCAUCGCCGUCGGUGCAGUUCUAGGCUUCCUGGGUCUCGCGCUACUAGCCUGGCGCGGCAUGGUCGCAUGGUCCGAGAAAGAGAUCUGCGCACCGCUCGCAUGGCGGCCCAGCACCAGCCGUCUCCUUGGAAAAGAUGAGCGGCGGGCAUCGCACAAAUCCCCGCUCCUCCAAGGGCCCAAGAUCCAACAGUGGCUUGUUCUUCUCCCCCACGGCUGGAAUGCACAGCGGCGGAAACAGAGGUUCAAGUUAUCUUCCGCGGGGUAUUACGCUGCUGGGAACGCUGCGGCCGGUAGUGGAAGCCACCAGAGUAUGCAGUUCUCGGCGCCUGAUCUUCCGGGCAUGGGCCCGCAGGCACAGGGGUAUACGAGAACAAAAUCGGGACCCAGCCCACCUGGCACGCCUACCCAUGCUCCUGGUGGUGUCUACGAACCCCAGUUUAACACUUCGAGAUAUUCCCACGUGGCGUCCAAUAGCUCUGUCAAUCUUGCAUCUCCUACGCAAGGAAGGACUCCUAGUGCCUACUUGGAAGACCUGUUCGAGAACCCUCCUCCCCACAAUAGACAGUAG